CUGCCCUUCAUCCCAGGCUCCGGGCGUCAUUCCAUCACCUGACGAUGUCCUUUCCGGAGCAGAGCGCAGGAGUGCAGGUGGACUCUGCGGAUGGGGAAGGGGCCGGAGCCCAGGGCAGCACAGAAGACCCAGCUCAAGGCGCCCUGGAGCCCGGCCUGAGCCCCCCCUCCCUCAGCUUGGCCACGGCAGACCCAAGAGUGAAGAACCCAGAACCACAGAAAUUCAGCUUUUACGACCGGGACCACAAAGUAUUGGUGCUGAACUAUGGGACCCUCAUAGCAGUUCAUAAAAAAACCUCCAUACGCCCAGAGACCUUCCAUGUCUUAGCCUCUACCCUGAGCUCAGAGGGUAACAAGGGAAACCCCGUUUUCCUGGCCGUCUCAGGAGGAAAGCUGUGUCUUUACUGUGAGAUGGACAAGAAGAAAGGCCGGCCGGCCCUCCAGCUGAAGAAGAAGGACAUCUCCCAGCUGUCUCACUCAGCCGAAAAAGAUUUGAAGGGCUUCACCUUCUACAGGAAGGAGAGCAGGCGCUGGAACACACUGGAGUCGGCGGCCCACCAGGGCUGGUUCAUCAGCACCUGCCAUGCGAAUGAACAUGUCAGAAUGACAGACAAGCCUGGCAGAGAGGAGCUCAUCGACUUUACAUUUGUGCCAGUCAGCAACGCUCACACGAGCCCCAGUGAGGUCAGCGAGUAGGACACAAAUCUGAUGGCUUUCUAGUUUUGCGUUUGGCUGCUCAGAAAAUAAAGACAUAAUACCGGAAAAUUAAAUGCUUCAUUUUAAGGAGAUGGUAGGCUUUUACUGCUUCACACAGUCAGAUCUUCAUAAUUUUUGUCAUCUGCAUUUUAAAGUCAUUUCCAAGUAAGUUGCACUGAAAACCCACAAAAAUUAAGCAUGUGGUGAAAAAAAUGUACUAAUAUGCAUUCCAUGCAUUUACUGCUAAAUAUUUUCAUGUAGUCAAUAAAGA